AUGUCUAUCCUGAAUGAACUCGGUUGUUAUGUAUCUGGGAGGAACAAUUGUCCUGGACUCGAACUUCAUAGUUGUUCAAUGCCCUGCGAGACAGCAGCCACCUUGCCAUUGAUUUAUAAGCAACGAAUUAAUUAUAUAUUCCUCAUCUACUUCCAGGUCGCCGGUGGACCCUACGGUGAAGAGCCCACCAUCAAAGCCGCCGGCGCACUCAUAGCCCUCCUUGGCUUCCUCAUCUUCCCUUUCAUAUGGAGCGUCCCGGAAGCCCUCAUAACCGCCGAGCUCACAACCGCGUACCCGGGAAACGGUGGCUUCGACUUGUGGGCCGAACGGGCCUUCGGGCCCUUCAUGGGCUCAAUGAUGGGCACAUGGAAGUUCCUCAGCGGCGUCUUCAACAUCGCUUCGCUCCCCGUCCUCUGCGUCGACUACAUCCAGAAGCUCUUGCCCGUCUUCUCAUCCGGCUGGCCCCGCCACGUGGCAGUCGUUGGGUCCACCCUUGCCCUCUCCUUUCUCAACUACACGGGUCUCACCAUCGUCGGAUACGCCGCCGUUUUGCUCGCUCUGGUUGCCCUCUUCCCCUUCGUUCUCUUAUCUCUCAUCGCCAUUCCCAAGAUUCAACCUCACAGGUGGCUCAGUUUGGGGCAGAAAGGAGUCUCGAGAGACUGGAAUUUAUAUUUCAACACACUGUUCUGGAAUCUGAACUUUUGGGAUAACGUUAGCACUUUGGCAGGGGAAGUUGAUAAACCGCAAAAAACUUUCCCUUUGGCUCUUCUCGUUUCCGUUAUCUUCACCUGCGUUUCGUACAUCGUUCCAUUGUUUGCGGUUACUGGAGCUGUUUCCGUUGACCAGAGUCAAUGGAAAACAGGCUUCCAUGCCCAGGCUGCGGAGAUAAUUGCGGGGAAGUGGCUCAAGAUUUGGAUCGAGGUGAGCGCAGUGCUGUCAGCAAUUGGGCUUUUCGAGGCUCAAUUGAGCAGCAGCGCUUUCCAGGUACUUGGAAUGGCUGAGAUCGGCAUCAUUCCGAGAUUCUUCCGUGUUAGGUCUAAGUGGUUCAACACUCCGUGGCUGGGGAUCUUGAUUUCAAUGGUGAUAGCACUUGCGGUUUCUUCCAUGGACUUCACUGACAUUAUUUCUUCCGAUAAUUUAUUGUGUAGUUUGGGAAUGUUGUUGGAAUUCGCUUCUUUUCUUUGGCUGAGGUUGAAGUCACCGAAUCUGAAGAGGCCUUAUAGGAUACCCAUGAAGUUGCCGUUGCUGGUUCUCGUGUGUCUGGUUCCUUCGGGGUUCUUGGUGCUCAUAAUGGUAAUAGCCACUAAGACUGUUUACUUGGUCAGUGGUGUUAUGACUGUGGCUGGGAUUGGUUUCUUUUUAUUCAUGAAAUUGUGCAAGACAAAGACGUGGGUUGAGUUCAGUGACGGGCCAGUUUUAUAGGAAGAAGAAGGAGGAAGUUCCGUACGGACUACUACAUAUAAAGAAAUAUAAAUAAUAGAAAUAAAAUAAAUAAAAUAUAAAUAAAAGACACUAUUAUCAGUAUUUAUCAAUAUUAUUAUCUUAAAAUAAUAGAGAAGAUUCAUAUAUAUGAAAAGAGGUCUGCUACACAUACAAGCCUUUCUUGCUUACAAGCUAUACAAGUUGGUCUAAGUCCAAGAAAAAAGCACGCGCAUCACUCCCUUAAAAUCGAGCGUUCAACACACGCGUUCAUUAUGCUGUACUCUUCUUCUUCUUCCUUAAUCAAAACACAAAACGUCAAGAUUCAAGCGACAUUCAAAACAAACUACGAUUCUGAAGACACGUUACUCCUCGUAAAGAGUAGAAGAAAUCAAGAAGAAAAGAUAUAAAUCUCCAUCAAAAAUUACCAGAAAAAAAUGAAGAAACAUUACUCAAGGUACUGUUUUACUGUUCUUCUAGGUUUUUUUUUCUAGAUUGUCUCUGCCAU